AUUGCGCGACGAUCCAGUGUCACCGGCUCUUGACCCUACCGCCAUUGGACUCUACUGUCCUCCACCUGCGACUUUUCAGAGUCAUUCUUUCCUUUUAGCGUUUUAUCUCCUCCAGUGGUCUUCAAGAUGCCCGCCACGGCGUCCCGUGCCGUGCUUCGGCAAUCGCAGUUCCUGACCCGCAGGUCUGCGGUCAGGUACGCUUCUUCGACCUCCGAAGCCGCUUCCAAGGCUGGUGAGACUGCUUCCUCUGCUGCCUCGAAGGCGUCUGAGGGUCUUUCUCGCGUCUCUUCGACGGCUGGUCCCGCCAUCGCCAACGCCGCCCAGGGUCUCGGUAGCGCCCUCAGGAAGGUCGGUGGAAGGACCGGAAAAGUCAUCGCCUUUGUCGAUUCCAUGAUACCCCCUACCGUCUACUACUCGAAGGUUGGAAUCGAGCUUGCUAAGCUGGUCUUCCGUGGCCAGAACAUGACUCCUCCCAACAUGGCCACCUUCCAGGCUUACUUCCAGCCUCUGACCAACGCCUUCCGUAACCCUGCCGCCUUCAAGAACUCCAGCUUCGCUCCCUCGAACAUCAUCGCCCGCGUUCGUACCGCCAACAAGAAGGAGAUCGCUCUUGCUGGUGUCACCGCUGCGGAGAUCGUUGGUUUCUUCACCGUCGGCGAGAUCAUUGGUCGGAUGAACAUCGUUGGCUACAAGGGACAGCCUGAGCACCACGGACACCAUUAGAUAAAUACCAAGCACUCGUGACUUAGCCUGUCUUCCUUCCCUUUCCCGUUUUCCUUUGUGUGCUGUACUAUUGUAUGAUAGACGAUGGAAUAAACUGUUGUCUGAGUUGUGCGAUACGAGCAAUUGGGUACGUCUCAUUCUUGUUGUCUUAGACUUAGGAUCAUGCGUGGGGACGACUAUUUGGUUGGAAAUUCUGGCUGCUUUAGGGAGGAUGUUGUAGACCAUGGCAGCCAUUCUGCUAUUGACACGGCACUGCCUUAAGUGACUGAUGAUCAUAACUCAGAGCUAUGACUGUCUUUUAUGUUUUAUGUUACAAAGUUCGAUCGGUCUACUCUUAAGAGUUGGCCGUGGUCACGAUCAAUGACUCGGUAUCUGCUUUAGUUGUCAGUAGGAUACAACAACAAAUUAGAUCUGAAGCACAAGAACUUCAAAUUUCAUCAUUGAAAUAUUAUCUAGUCCCGGAAUGCAUAGCAAGAG